ACUCGUGCUUUAGAAACCAUAUCGAAAAAUCCUUUCUACUGGUGUAAAAAAUUUGCCAUCUUCAUUAUGUUACUGAUAAAAUACAAUUUCUUUGUUUUUUCUGCAACAACUUAUGCGACUACGUUCAUUGACCCUGGGAUAAUUCGCCUAACUCCGCAAUGCGAAAAACACGUUACCAGUAACAAAGUUUUAAACUUUGGGGAAUGCGUCAAGUACUGCAAUGACAACAUAAACUGUUUGGCUGUGAGAUACAAUGGCACUGGUUGCUACGCUUACAAAUAUAUCACAGUUGCAGAUGAUAAGCUAACAGAGUCGCUUUUUUUGAAGGAUACCAAUCAAGUUCUGAGUGCUAAAGACUGCGCCAAUCAGAGAGCUGUGAAUAAUUUGGUAUUAAGCGUGAUGGAUACUAUCUGCGCUAGCAGGUUCCCCGAAUAUCGCAAUUUUCGACUCGAAGAUUUAUCGUGCUUCGGGUUUCCAGCUUCAAACUCUAUGGAUCUUUCUUCCGCAGAACGGCUCUGCAAAAUGGGUAACGGUCAGAUUGUUACUAUGAGAUAUUCUGAUGAUGUGAUUCUUGUUCAAAAAGCUCUUACACAAGCGCCCCCUGGAACCUAUUGGACUAUCAGGUAUCCUGGUACGGUACCUCUAACAAACGAAAAAAUGAUUAGAACAGAUGAAGGUUGCUUUCAAAUUAGCUCUUCGACUGGCGAUUACGCACCUUGUUCUGAAAAACAUAUACCUAUAUGUAGCAGAAAUAUUCAAUGUUCAACAAACUGGUAA